GCAGAUGGUCAUAUCGUAAACAAUUGAACCAUAAGUGUUAACGUUAAAUUACUGCUACUGCUCGAGUUGUAAGUGUAUAAUUUUCAUCGGCGAUAAAUUGUGUAAUUUUUAUGGAUUAUUCAUAUCCAAGGAAGCAUUCGGAAAAUUGUUGCUUUACAGCAACUUAACUUGUACGGAAACAAGUGUGAGUAAACAAGAGAAAACCUAACCUGAGCAGAGACUGAACCUAUAAAUAGAAGUGGAAUUGAAAGAAAAUACGUAGAUAAAUUUCAGUAAUUAUUAUUGAAACAUGGUAAAGGUGGCACUGCAAAUUAAAGCGACGCUAGAGAAUUUGGAGGAAUUGAAAACGUCGGGUGAUGAUUUUCGUUAUUAUUUGAAAUUUACGUGCGGCAAUUGCGGCGAAGUAUCGGAAAAAUGGAACUACGUAUCGGAGUCGGAAUCGACGCCGUCGAAGCGAGGAAGCGGCGUGAAUCAUUUCGUCAGCAAAUGUAAAUUGUGCUCCAGGGAGAAUACCAUGACGAUUAUCGAAGGCUCAACGCAGUCUUACACCGCCGAGGAUCAGGGAAAGUUCAAGACACUCGCCGUUUUUGACUGCCGCGGUAUUGAGCCCGCCGAAUUUUCAGCUCGUCAGGGAUGGGUGGCCAAAGCUAUCGACGGAGGCAAGGAAUUUACAGAUGUUGACCUCAGCGAGGGUGAAUGGGCCGAUUAUUGUGAGAAAAUUGCGAAUCCCGUCGGUGUAUACGAAAUCGAGCACAGGUUCGAGAAGAUCAAGUGAAAGGAUCCCCUCUUUACCGAUAGAAAACUUUGCGUAAUUCUGUGAAUACGAGACGCUCUUGAAAUUUGAUGUAACGAUUUCUCAGAUGUAUGAAGCUGAUAAUUUGUUGGAUCUGUUUACCGUAAAAAGCACAGGUCGAGAAUAAAUAAAUGUUGGGCG